AUGCGUGCCAAUGCAAUUGUUCAGGAAGGCAAGUCCUUCGCCGCCAAGGAAGUCGACCUGCCCCUCCUCCAGGAACAUCAGGUUUAUGUUCGGGUCAACCAUGCGGCCUUCAACCCCACAGACCGGCUGGCUCUCGAUGUCAAUGCAUUUGGUGACGGCGCUGUCUUGGGCUGCGACUUUGCCGGAGAGGUGGUGGAAGCUCAUCCCAGCGUGACCAAGUUCGCCAAGGGCAGUAGAAUCGCCGGCUUCAUCUGGGGCGCACGCAUACUAUCGCGGAUGAAAGACUAUCGUUUCAAGUUCCAGAAGAUAUCAGCGCCGCGGAGGCAAGCACAGUUCCUCUUGCGGCUAACACAGCUUGGCUGGCGCUGUUCUCCUCGGACUGCCUUGGCCUUCCGCGAAACUCUUCGAAUGAAGACCCGAUUCUUAUCUGUGGUGGAAGUUGUGAGCAUCCAUAUCUCCAAGGACAUCGCGAAGAGGACUGACAUCGUCAAAGCUGUUGUUGGUUACUUUGCCAUACAGCUUGCCAAUCUACACGGCUAUAUGGUUAUCACCACAUGUAGCCCUCGUAACUUUAACAGGGUCAAAGCAGCCGGUGCUACCCACGUAAUUGACUAUAACGACGAGCAAGCAAUCGCACGUAUUCGAGAAGCUGUACCGAACCUGGAACAUGUGUUCGACACGAUUGGCAAUGCCACGUCCUCGGCCACUGCAUCAAACGCGCUCAAAGACUCUACUGGCCGCCUAUGCACCGUUCGUCCAGGCAAAGCCAACACGGAGAACGUGCCGUCGACAGUUGAAGUCUCCGACGUUUUCGUCUUCACAGCCUUCCCAACCGCGCAUACCUAUCGCGAAAAGGCACACUGGCCGGUCAACAUCCCAAAUCACGAACUGAGCAUAGACCUUCAUGAUCAGCUUCCCAAGCUUCUUGAUGAGGGAGAUUUGAGACCUCCGAGUAAGAACAUACUUGGUAGCCUCAGUCCCAAUACAAUCGCACAGGCCAUGGACCUCAAUAGAGACGGAAAGGUAUCUGCGGAGAAGAUUGUCUUCAAAGUUGACUAUUGA